AUCCAUUUCCUCGGUCCCGUCUCGGAACGGCCGGGGCGGGGCCUCCCGGAGACCAGGCCGGAAAAAUGAAAGUCCUAGGAGCUAGGUUACCGGGGUUUGCCUGGUGUCUUACCUAAUGAGGGGCUGUAUCAGCGGAAGGCUGUGUGGCUGGCGGGGCAGAGGAGCUCUCAACCCGACCUUCGUAAGUUCAUCCUACCUACCUCGCCAUAAACAACCUAAGCUUCCCGACUUCACCACACGACUCCUCCACCCACAUCUCCUCAAUCAGUCUUUGAGAGAUUUAUCUGGCAGCUCGACAGUUGCACACAGAUUGCCUUUCUCACAAGCCCUUUACACCUUCCCCGCACACGCGCCAUCGCUUUCUGCCACCGCCUGGAGGGCUAUCAGCAAGGCAGCUAUCUGCGACCAUGGCGGUCUCCAUCGAAGAGUUGGAUGCUACCGUCCGAGCCUUUUACGAGGGCCGCGGUGAGCAGCAAAAAGCUGCCGAAGCAGCUCUGAACCAGUUUAAAGAAGACCCCGAUGCUUGGCUUAUGGUUGACAAUAUUCUCUCAAAGGCGACAUAUGAGCAGACGAAAUAUCUUGGGUUGCAAGUCUUGGACAAUGUCAUCAUGACAAGAUGGAAAGUGCUUCCUCGAGAGCAAUGCCAAGGGAUCCGGAACUUCGUCGUCCAGUACAUCCUCCAGUGCUCCAGCUCCGAGGAGAACCUGAAGACCGAGCGCACCCUACUCAACAAGCUGAACCUGGUUCUUGUCUCGGUGCUGAAGCAAGAAUGGCCCCACAACUGGCCGACGUUCAUCAACGAGAUCAUCUCUGCCUGCCAUUCGAGCCUGUCGAUCUGCGAGAACAACAUGAUCAUCCUGCGCCUGCUAUCAGAGGAGGUGUUCGAUUACUCGGCCGACCAAAUGACGUCUUCCAAAACUCGCAACCUGAAGACAACCAUGUGUGCCGAGUUUUCCCAAAUCUUCCAGCUCUGCCAGGAGAUCCUCAAUACCGCGACUCAGCCAAGCUUGGUCAAGGCCACCCUCGAGACUCUCUUACGCUUCUGUAACUGGAUCCCACUGGGGUACAUCUUCGAGACACCUCUGAUAGAGACGUUGAGGACGCGAUUUCUCGAGGUGCCGGAAUUCCGAAACGUCACCCUCCAGUGUCUGACCGAGAUUGGUGGUCUACAGACCGGCGGGCCUAACCAGCCCAACACCUAUGACGAAAAGCUAGUCGCCAUGUUCACCGAGGUCCUGACGACAAUCUCCAACUUCAUUCCCUUGACUUUGGACUUGAAGUCUACAUAUCCCCAGAGCAACUCUCGGGAUCAGGAGUUCAUCCAGAACUUGGCACUCUUCCUGUGCAAUUUCUUUGGAAUGCACUUGAACCUCGUCGAGAAUCUACCCAACCGUGACUUCCUCACCCAUGGCCACUUUUACUUGAUCCGGAUUUCCCAGAUCGAUGACCGAGAAAUAUUCAAGAUCUGCCUGGACUACUGGCUGAAGGUGGUGCAAGAACUGUAUGAGGAAAUGCAGGCUCUGCCCAUCACGGAUAUGCACCCCCUUGCCUCCCUCCACAGUCUCCAGACAGGCAGUGGUGCCCCAAACCCUGCGGUUCUCGGAAAUUUCCCCCUCCGAAAGCACAAGUACACCGAAAUCCUCUCCAACCUCCGCGUCGUGAUGAUCGAAAAGAUGGUCCGGCCAGAAGAGGUGCUCAUCGUCGAGAAUGAGGAAGGCGAGAUCAUCCGCGAGUUCGUCAAGGAGAGUGACACAGUCCAGCUCUACAAGACAAUCCGGGAGUGCCUCGUCUAUCUCACUCAUCUUGACGUUGUCGAUACCGAGACGAUCAUGACCGAAAAGCUUGCACGCCAGGUAGAUGGCACCGAGUGGUCAUGGCACAAUUGCAACGUGCUCUGCUGGGCCAUCGGCUCGAUAUCGUUGGCCAUGAACGAGGAGACGGAGAAGAGAUUCCUUGUCACAGUGAUCAAGGAUCUACUGGGGCUGACGGAAAUGAAGCGCGGAAAGGACAAUAAGGCGGUUGUUGCCAGUAACAUCAUGUACAUUGUUGGCCAGUACCCCCGCUUCCUGAAGGCUCAUUGGAAGUUCCUUAAGACGGUCGUCAACAAGCUCUUCGAGUUUAUGCACGAAUCCCACGAGGGUGUCCAGGAUAUGGCAUGCGAUACGUUCAUCAAGAUUGCCAAGCAAUGCAGACGCCAUUUUGUCGCCCUCCAGCCUAGUGAGCACGAACCGUUCAUCGACGAGAUAAUCAGGAACUUGGGGAAGAUCACUUGCGACCUGACGCCCCAGCAAGUGCACACCUUUUACGAGGCGUGCGGCUAUAUGGUAGCCGCCCAGGGCAAUAGGAACCAACAAGAGCGCCUUCUCGCCGAGCUCAUGAGCAUUCCCAAUGCGGCAUGGGAUGAGAUCAUUCGGCAGGCCACCAACAAUCCCGCUAUUCUACAGGAUGCCGAUACCAUCAAGGUCAUUGGCAAUAUCAUGAAGACCAACGUCUCGGCCUGCUCCUCCAUCGGCCCUUACUUCUAUCCUCAAAUCGGACGCAUCUACCACGACAUGCUCCAAAUGUAUCGUGCGACCAGCCAGCUGAUAUCCGAGGCUGUUGCUCGAGAAGGAGAGAUUGCGACGAAGAUGCCAAAGGUUCGGGGGCUUCGAACGAUAAAGAAGGAGAUCCUGAAGCUCAUCGAGACCUAUGUCGACAAAGCUGAGGAUCUACAGGCCGUACGGGCCCAGAUGGUUCCUCAGCUCCUGGAUUCGGUUCUGGUUGAUUACAACCGCAAUGUUCCCGGAGCCCGCGAUGCUGAAGUUCUCAAGGCCAUGACGGCUAUCAUCGCCAAACUUUCUGCCCUGAUGGAGGACCAAGUGCCCAUCAUCAUGGAGAACGUAUUCGAAUGCACCCUAGGCAUGAUCAACAAAGACUUCUCUGAAUUCCCCGAGCAUCGUGUGGAGUUCUUCAACCUCCUCCGAGCCAUCAACCUGCACUGCUUCCCAGCCCUGCUCAAGCUGGACAACAGGCAGUUCAAGUUCGUCAUCGACUCUUGCUUGUGGGCCAGCAAGCAUGACAACCGCGAUGUUGAAACCGCUGGACUCAACAUGUGUCUGGAGCUCAUCAACAAUAUCGCAGAGAAAACGGAUGUGGCAACUUCGAAUGCCUUCUUCAACCAAUUCUUCAUCCCGAUUCUCCAGGAUGUCUUCUUUGUCCUGACCGACCAAGACCACAAGGCCGGCUUCAAGACGCAGUCGAUGUUGCUCAUGCGCAUGUUUUACUUUGUGCUACCCGCCGAUGGCUCGCCGCCCAAGAUUCAGGGGCCGAUCUAUGGGGCUGAUCAAGCACAGCCCGGCACCGAGAACCGCGAGUUCUUGGCCAACUUUGUCGGCACUCUCUUGAAGAAUGCAUUUGGGAAUCUGACAACGCCUCAAAUCCAGGCGUUUGUCGAAGGGAUGUUUGCGUUCAACACCCAGUAUGACAAGUUCAGACUGGCAUUGCGUGAUUUCCUCAUCUCCCUGAGGGAGUUCGCUGGCGACAACACCGAGCUCUUCCUGGUCGAGAAGGAGCAGCAAGAGCGAGACGCAAAGGCUGCCGAGCGUGAACGACGAUCCAAGGUCAGCGGCCUGCUCAAGCCGUCUGAGCUGGAGCAGGACGAGGACGAGCUAUGACUUAGGGUAGAACUCAGGAGCGAGUUUGGUCCAGCCCCUGGAUCUAACCGGGCAUCACCAGCAGCUCGGGACAGGCCACUGGAAAGCCAAUCGGAUGGCUGGGAAUUCUAUGGAUUGUGAUGGCCAUCUUCUCGCCUGUCGGCACCGGCUGACCACUAACCUUUUUCUUGUUUGUUAACCUGUAGUGAUACCAAUAGAAGGCUCGGGACCUGUAGCCAGUGUGGAAAAGGCGACCUCGAUCCAAUCUUGAUCCAGUCUCGAUCGAACCAGCUUCAGAAGUAGUCAACAC